AUGAGAAGAGAUGAUUAUGCAAAGGCUAUCGAAGAUCAGGGUUUUAAAUUGGUUUACAAUCCUCCUGGAGAUGGCAAUUGCCAAUUUGCUGCAUUAUCGCACCAGACAAAGAGACUAGGCAUUUUGAGAUCUCCUGAAACGAUGCGGAAAGAAAUAGUAGAGUACUUAAAAAGUAGUCUGUACAAGAGCGAUGGCUUCCCACUUUUGGAGCAUUUGGCAGAUGAUGAGUUCGCUUGCUGGGACGACUAUAUAACUCAUAUGGCGCGAGAUGGGACCUAUGGGGAUCAGAUUACGCCGUAUGCGCAGCAGCAAACUUGUGUAACAUCGACAUCCAAAUAA